AUGGCGGACCAGUCGGCUGCCAGAAAGACGCUACCGUCUCUUCUUCGCCAUUUCGAGGGAACGGAACUAACAGUAGAAUUAAAGACGGGACGGUUGUAUCGCGGGACUCUAUCAUCUGCCGAUCAGGCUAUGAAUUUGACCCUCGAGGACGCUUCUUUAUUACAACGACUCAUCGUCAAUCAACAACACAAAGGAGCAUUUCGACGCGGAAGCUCCAGCGCAGCCGUGCCAUCCACGCUUUCCUUGGUGCACAUUCGGGGAUCGACCAUUCGAUUUAUUCAUUUUCCUGACCAGCUAGAUCUGACACUUACCAUUAAGCAGGGUAUUGAUCGUAGCUGGAGAAUGGAGCACAACUCUGAGCCAGGAUGGGAUGAAACAACCACAAUACACGAAGGGCCCUUUACGGUCUGCCCCAAAUGUCACGGCGACGGACAUAUCGUUCAUCAAGCGAGCAAAAAGCAGAAACUUCGUCAUAAGAGGGCCCGCACCAAUGGCGACUACACCGAUACACCUGCCCCACAACGAUUAGAAACUUGUCGAGAAUGUGACUCUUCCGGUCUCGUCCAGUCGGAUACAGAUCCUCCCGUAGACACAACCUUGCCGGAGAUUGCUGUUGUGGGAGGAGGCCUGGCAGGAUUGGCAUUGGCUGCAGCAUGCCGACACCGCGGAAUGAAAUAUACCGUCUACGAAAGAGAUCUCGAUUUUCAUCAGCGAUCGCAAGGCUUAGACAGUGACGGAAUUAUGUCGACGAAACACGUCGUACAUGAGCCGGACGGUGCGAUCGUUGGUGAGUGGGGCUUGCGCAAAUGGGGACGAUCGGAGAGGGCGAAAAAGCCCAAACGGCAAAAUAUCCACAUUGCGCGUCAAUCUUUGCGGUGGCAACUCUACAAGGCGGCUGGUGGUCGAACUGCCAAUAUUGCAUGGAAUCACCGCCUUCUCCAGUACAAGCAGAGGGUGGAUGCUCCUGGUUGGGAGCUGAAGUUUCAAGUAGAUGAUCAAAUUAUAGCACACAAGGCGGACUUGAUCGUUGGUGCGGACGGACUCCGAUCCCAAGUCCGGCGUUCUCUGAUUGGAGAGGAUCGUACGCCGCUACGCUUCUUGGAUUGUAUUGUUAUACUUGGUAUCUGUCCGAUCGCCGGUAUUUCCCUGGAGGGCCAGCAAUCCGAUCUUUUGGAUGGGGAAACUGUAUUCCAGACAGCCGAUGGGGUAACACGGAUCUACAUUAUGCCCUUUACCACCACCGCGUACAUGUGGCAAUUAAGUUUCCCUAUGGCUGAAGAACAGGCACUUUCACUGAGCUCGAAAGGGCCAUCAGCACUCAAAAAGGAAGCGAUCCGCCGUUGCCAGUCAUGGCAUACACCGGUUCCUGACAUUCUCUACUCGACUCCAAUCGAACUCGUGUCGGGCUAUCCCGUCUACGAUCGGGCGUUGCUUACCCCCGAGCUCCUGCAGGAAACAGCAUCCGUGACACUUGUUGGGGAUGCCUGUCAUCCCAUGUCUCCGUUUAAGGGUCAAGGUGCUAACCAAGCCUUGCUGGAUGCCCUAGCACUCGUGCGAAGCAUUUACAAGCACUGCAAGACUGCCGGCUCUUACGAUAGCAAUUCUUUAGAACGGGCGGUAAAGGAAUUCGAGGUUGAAAUGCUGGUACGAAGCGCCGUCAAAGUGGAAGCAUCCGCCGAAGCAGCUCGGUUCCUGCACACGGAAAUAGCUAUUCAAAAGGGCAACGUGACUCGUGGAGCAGCGAGUCGCAGUAUACUGAUAAAAUCGAACGAAGAGGAUACGGCUACGACGGAAUGA